AUUUCCGUGACACGGACUUUUCCCAGAAAAGCCAGGCGUGGGUCAGUGUGAAAUGCAACACCACUCAUCUGUGAGGGAGCCUGCCCAGUUCUUCCAGCCUUUUCCAUUUUCAUCACUUGCCGUGGUUUGAGCCUUCCACGAUGACAGCUCAGCUCUUCCCCAGAGGGAGCUCUGGGGCACUGGAGUCAGGAGGAAGACACAGAGGAAACCUUGGCCGUGAUUGACAGUGGGGCUGUUUCUGCCACUUCCCUCGCUGUUGUCAAGUAAUAAUGAAGCUUUGUCAGUCCAUCAUGGACAUGGAUAUGCCAGAUUACGUCGACUCCUUGGACUCCUCUUAUACCAUGCUGGAAUUCGACAACCUCCGCGUGCUCCCCAACAACACCGAGGCCAUCGCGGCCGAGUCAGCCAGCACCAACCUGCUCCCCAACGGAGUCAACUCGCUGUGCUCCAUCUGUGGGGACAGGGCCACGGGCAAGCACUACGGGGCCUCCAGCUGUGACGGCUGCAAAGGCUUCUUCAGGAGGAGCGUCCGCAAGAACCACGUCUACUCCUGCAGGUUCAACAGACAGUGUGUGAUAGACAAAGACAAGAGGAACCAGUGCAGGUACUGCAGGCUGAAGAAGUGCUUCAGAGCUGGCAUGAAGAAAGAAGCCGUGCAGAACGAGCGUGACAGGAUCAGCAUCCGCAGGAGCAGCUAUGAGGACAAUGGCUCUCUCUCCAUCAACAUCCUCACCCAGGCUGAGGCCAUGGCACAGCAGUAUUUAUCCCUGAGCCCCGUGCACAGCACAGACAUUUCCAUGAAGAAGAUUGCCACCAUCAACGAUGUGUGUGAAUCCAUGAAACAGCAGCUCCUGGUGCUGGUGGAAUGGGCAAAAUACAUCCCAGCCUUUUGUGAGCUCCCCCUCGACGACCAGGUUGCCUUGCUCAGAGCCCACGCAGGGGAACAUCUGCUCCUCGGGGUAGCCAAGAGGUCCAUACCAUACACUGAUUUCCUGCUAUUAGGGAACGAUUUCAUCAUCCCCAUGCACUGCCCAGAGCUGGAAAUCGCUCGUGUGGCCACCAGAAUCCUGGACGAGCUGGUGAAGCCUCUGCGGGACAUCCAGAUCGAUGACAACGAGUACGCCUGCCUCAAAGCCAUCAUCUUCUUUGACCCAGACUGCAGAGGGCUGAGUGAGCCUGGCAAGGUGAAGAACAUGCGCUUCCAGGUGCAGGUGAACCUGGAGGAUUACAUCAACGACCGCCAGUACGACUCGCGCGGCCGCUUCAGCGACAUCCUGCUGCUGCUGCCGCCCCUGCAGAGCAUCACCUGGCAGAUGAUCGAGCAGGUGCAGUUUGUCAAGCUCUUUGGGGUGGCCAGGAUCGACAGCUUGCUGCAGGAGAUGCUGCUGGGAGGAACCACUGCUGAUCUCCAGUACCAGUCAGCACCUCCCAACCUCAACCUGGACCCACUGCCAGGACACGUCCUGCAAAGCAACAUGACCUCUGUGAUCCACGCUGCUCCAGACCCAUCUCCUGAGACAUCCCUUCCGUCUCCUUCUGCCAGCACAGGCAGUGAAGAUUACAAGCUAGGCUCUAGCGCAGGGCCCAGCACCGUAGUGCAGCUGCUGCCUCAGACAGUGAUGCCCAAGCAGGAGAUUCUAUAGGGAGAGGAGAAGGAGCAGCUGGGGAAGCUGUGCUGACAGUGAAACGGGCAAUUUCUCUUUGCAGAGGCCAAGCACAGCUCGCCCCUGCCCGCAGCCGGAGCCGCUGCCAGCCUUCCCCGCCCGUGAGCUCAGCAAGGGCCAGCCUGCAGAGGAGCCUCGCCAUGGGACCCCCACAGCACCCCUGGCACAGGACUGGGGGUCCUGAAUCCUCAGCAAUGCCAGGACUGCCAGCUCUUCAGGUCCUCAGUGUUUGUGACAUUGCUUGGUGCCGCCAUGACCCUCUCGCCAUCAAUCCAUCCAUCCGUCCGUCCAUCCAUCCCUUCAUCCGUCCAUCCAUCCAUCCAUCCGA